AUGGCUACACCCAAAAAGGCUGUUGUGUUUUACAGCAACUCACAAGCCAAUUCAACACCCUCUACACAAGCACUCGAUGACCUUUGUACCAGAGGAUGCUCUGGUCAACUUAUAAUGGAAGAUCUAGGUGGAAAAGAAAUUGUCGAGUUGGCCAAAUCAUUAGGAUUUGCUGUUUCUUUGGCUCUAAAGUCUGUUCCCACAUCAGCAGAGAUCAUUGAUAUCCUGGCAUCAGUUGGACCCAAGGUCGAUCUAUUGCUGGUAGACAUCAGCACACAAAACAACUCCUGGCCUUUAAUCAACGAUGUAGUCAAGGAUCUUAUGGCUGAUACACCAACUUAUCUCAAAGUGAUUGUUGCACCGAGAGAUGAAUCGGCAAGUGAGCCGGUUUUGGCAGACAAGAAUUGGUGGGAUAGUUUGGUGCCUGAACAGAGUCAUGUAAAGAAGGAAGGAAGAUGUGUUUCAAUUGAACCAAGGCAUGGGUUUGUAUGUUCUUAUCUGCAUGAUAAAUCUACACGUCGAGACAAUGCUACAAAGUUUACUACAAAGGAUAUCAUUGAAAAUGGGUGCAAUGGAAAGAUCUUGGCCUGGCACUUUUUGGGAGAAAUAGGCCACAAAUUAGGAUUUGUACCAAAAUAUGGUGCCUGA